AUAGUCAGCUACCAAAACAAAGGUCACGGGUUCAAAACACACAGGGGUCUACCUAGUACUGUACAUGGGCGAGUGAUGAUGCAUGUCUGAUGACUGUUCUUUCUUUUGUUGUUUACACUGUGUGAACAUGGAAGAGUUUUUGUGAGCUUCUGUAAAUGAGGGGGGGGGGGGGGGGGGGUGCGCGUGUGUUUGUGUGUGUGCGAACUGGUGCACUGACAGAAUGAUAUGGAAUGAUGUGGACAAUGGUUCCAUGGAGGCUGUGGGUGACAGGUCAACCUGCAUUGAAUGACUUCGGACAAGUCUUCCGCGGUGGAAGACCGCGAGGAGCUGGUGGAGGAGUUGGACGAAGGGCCACGUCGGCCACUGACAAUGCCCGUAGCAUCUUUGGCAACCAAGUUGAGGUGCAUCACCGUCGAUGCUACAGGCACACUCAUCCGGUACAGUGGUCACAUUGGUGACUUUUACUGCGGAGCUGCAACAGCAAUAGGAAAGCCAUGCCCCGAUUACGAGAGGAUGCAUCAAGGUUUCCAGCGUGCAUACAAGGAUUACUCCACGCGAUACCCCUGUUUUGGGUACAAAACCAUGCCGACAAUGGAGUGGUGGCAUGCAGUUGUCAAGAACUCCUUCAGAGAGGCAGGGUAUGAGUAUGACCAGGUAUCUUUUAGCAAAAUCUUCAAGAGGAUAUAUGCGAUGUUUGGAUCAAAAGCUGCAUAUGAAGCUUUUCCAGACUCAGCACCGUUUCUGCGAUGGGUGAGGUCAAAGGGACUAGUGACUGGCGUGAUCAGCAAUGCUGCGGAGGAAUACAGGGAUGCAGUUUUACCUCUUCUUGGGCUUACCCAGGUGAUCCUGACCAACAAACAACCUAGCCAUUCUGGGAGAAUCGUAUUGCCACGUCAGCAGUGCCAUGUCAGCAGUGCCACAUCAGCAGUGCCAUGUCAGCAGUGCCACGUCAGCAACAGUGCCACGUCAGCAACAAUGCCACAUCAGCAACAAUGCCACGUCAGGAGUGCCACGUCAGCAGUGCCACAUCAGCAACAGUGCCAUGUCAGCAGUGCCACAUCAGCAACAGUGCCAUGUCAGCAGUGCCCCGCCACCAUGACGGGCUCAGCUCUGGGCAUGCCAGGCCAACUGGCCAACGAGUCCAUUGCUGAGUACAAACAGCGGUUCCAGACUCAGCUCGCACUGAUCAAGGCUGAGGAACAGCGCCAGGUGGCAGCUGAGGCUGUCUGCCUACAGGCUGAAGCGGCGGCAACAGCUGAGAAGCAGCGACUUCAAGCCGAAGCUGAAGCAGAUACCCAGGCACGCCGCAAGGAGGCCCAGGAUCUGCUACAGCAGCAUGAAGCCACCAGCAUAGAAAAACUCAAGUUUUGGCACAUUCAACCAUCCGAGGAGCACGACGACGCGACACCGGAGGAGCAGCACAAGGAAUUCAUGGCCAAACUCGUGACUCUGUUGGUUUACACUUGUAACCACCUGCAGUCCGAGCUGGCGAACCUCCAGCGGGCCGUACGGAACCACAAGGCUCAGCACGACGAUGCAGCACGGGCACUUGAUUCCUGUGUACAGGACUUGGAACAAACUGCACCAAGACCGGAGGCUGGCGAGUCCAGCAGUGCACCCUCUGCCCGCCAACUGGAGGAACGAGUUGACCACGUAGUCGUAAUGCUCGGCGACAUCAGUACCUUCGCUGCACCAGCCACCAUCAGCAACCAGCUGGACACCUUGAAGACCGAGGUUCAGCAACUGCAACUGCCUAACAAAGAUGGCAACAUCACGCAGCAUUACAAGAUGCCGACAUUCCAAAUCGAGAAGUUCGAUGAUUAUACGCAUCAAGACCCGGUCCUCUGGUGGGAGGGCUUUACAACGCAACUUCGGAUUCUGUUCGUCGCCAAGCAUGCGUACAUCGGCGCGCUGUUCCUCAACUCAAAGGGCGGAUGCCAGUUCUGGUUGAGCCACCUGGCAACCGUCCACGGCGUCGACGUCGCAGAUCUAAAAGACAAGAUCUCUUGGGAAGAGUUAACACGGCUAUGGAAGAAGCGGUUCAUCGUAGACGACGCCCCGACGCUCGCCAUCAACCGCCUCUUCGCUAUGACGCAAGGCAACACAUCGACACCUUCGCCGCCAUCUAUAGCCGGGGAUUCGACGAUAUGGUCAAGACUUGAAGAGCUCGACCCGUUGACGUUUGCGGACUUCCAAUGGAUGCCCCUUCCCCGGUCCGGUCGAUUGCCGAGACCGCAUUGCAACCUGCUCAUGGCACAAUUGCAGGAUUACUUGCACACUGCAGUACCAACUCCGUUGAUGGACGCCGGAGUAGAGGUUGUCGACCUUCACGACUACAUUGCGAAGAUCGACCGCAGGUUCAAGACACAACUGUACGACGACAUCGACGCACCAUUGUUAUAUGUACGCAUUCAGAUCGGAGACGCGACCUGCAGCGCUUUGAUCGAUUGCGGAGCAUCUCGCAACUACAUGAGCCAGGACUUUAUGGUACGCGCCGGCCUUGGCCCACGCGCCCGGAGGAAGUCCCAGCCUACGCAAGUCACGUUGGCAGAUGGUCACACGCAUAAGUCAAUCGACUGGUGCAUUGAUGACGUCCCUGUAUACUUUGCCCCGCAUGCAAGCGAGGCGGUGUCCUUCGAUAUUUUGGACACCAAAUUCGAUAUGAUCUUGGGCAUGUCAUGGCUGCGAAGCGAGGAUCAYCCGGUGAACUUCUACCGCCGCACCGUUCACGUUUGUGAUCGGAACGGAGUACUAGUCCCAUGCACGGUAGCUCCUCCUCACCCUUCGAUCAGCUGCCACGUGGUGUUCGCCGCAAGCAUGCGAGCUUCCAUCACCAGAGACGACAUCGAGGAGAUGGGGGUGUGUUUUUUCCACGCCCUCCCAUCGACGGACCCAUCUUCGGACCCACGCAUUGCCAAACUUCUCGACGCCUACGGCGACGUGUUCGAAGGCCCGCACGGAGUAGUACCGGAUCAGCCCAUCCGCCACGAGAUCAUCCUCGAGGACAGGGCUGUACCUCUGCGUGGUUGCAUCAACCGAAUGAGCGAGGAAGAGUUAAGUGUGUUGCGGGCACAACGCGACGACCUUCUGGAGAAAGGCUGGAUUCGGCCCAGCUCAUCGCCAUACGGUGCUCUCGUUCUCUUCGUCCGAAAGAAGAACAAGGAUUUGCGGUUGUGCAUCGAUUAUCGCAAGCUCAACGCGCAAACGGUAAGAAACGCCGGCCCUUUUCCACGCAUCGACGACCUUCUCGAACGGUUGGGCCGCGCCAAGUUCUUCUCCAAGCUUGACCUCAAGUCGGGAAAUCACCAACUUCAAAUUCGGCAGGAGGACCGCUACAAGACCGCGUUUAAGACGCGAUAUGGGCAUUUCGAAUGGCUGGUUAUGCCAUUUGGCCUUACAAAUGCCCCGACCACUUUCCAAGUGGCUAUGACAACGGAGUUCCGACACAUGCUGGAUCAAUUCGUACUUAUCUACCUCGACGACAUCCUGGUGUACAGUCGGAGUUUGGACGAGCAUGUGGAACACCUGUGCACCGUUUUGGAGCGGCUACGACAAGCCAAGUACAAAGCCAACCGCGACAAAUGCGAAUUCACGCGGCAAGAGCUGGAGUACUUGGGACAUUAUGUGAUGCCGCAAGGCAUCCGUCCGCUUGCGGACAAGAUCGAGGCCCUCCGCAUAUGGCUCGAGUCCACCAACACCACGGACGUUCGUUCAUUCAUGGGGUUGGCGGGCUACUUCUUGGAACAACACGACGGCGACGACUGGCACCCUGCGGAGUAUUUCAGCCACAAAGUGCCUCCCAUCAAUUUGCUUGAUGAUGCAAGGAAGAAGGAGCUGCUCGCAUUCGUGAUGGCUCUCAAGCGAUGGUGGCACUUCCUCCUUGGGCGUCGAAGGUUCACAUGGGUCACAGACAACAACCCGUUGACCUACUACAAGACGCAGGAUACGCUAUCUUCGGAUCACCCGCCGGCCAGCCACUAUCGCAUUGCCGACGGGUACUUGCUCCUCCACUCGAGAGGCAAGGACUUAUUGUGUGUCCCACGAGACCGUCGUCUUCGGACUCGCCUUCUCAGGGUGUACCAUGACUCGCGACUCGCCGACCAUUUCGGAGUCAACCGCACUAUUGCACGGCUUCGACAACGAUUCCGAUGGCCCGACCUCAUUAUCGAUGUCACUCGGUAUUGCGACUCUUGCAAAGUUUGCCGACGAAGCAAACCCCACAAUCGCAACCCCUACGGCGAGUUGCGCCCGAUGCCUAUCCCACGGGAACCCGGCUUCUCCAUUGCCAUGGAUGUCAUCGGACCAUUUCCCCGCGAUCGCCUCGGGCACGACGGCAUCCUCACGGUUGUGGACCGAUUGUGCCGUAUCUUCGCCGACCUUCUCCUCCCACGACCAGCCGACAUUGACGCCGCUUGCUCUCUUGCUUCCGUCCGGAAGUACAGGGAAUUGUUGGCUCGAGCCUGCGCGAAUAUGCAAAAGGCUCAAGUCCGCAUGCAGCAGCAAGCCAACAGGCGUCGCGUGCCAUGUCCCAUCCGCGCCGGUGAUCUGGUUUGGGUCUCCGCGGAAGAGUUUGCACUGGAACAGGAUGUUUCAUGCAAACUGCUUCCCAAGUGGUUUGGACCAUGGCCCGUAACAUCAGCCGCGGGCGAUGAACCCGAUGGCCCUUCAUUUGUGAUCAACAUCCCCCCGCAUCUGAUGGUCCAUCCAGUCUUUCACGCCUCGAAGCUGGCAACAUAUACACCAGCUAAGAGCGACGACUUCUCGGGCCGACGAUCGCAAGACCCUCCAUCUAUGGAUGGUCAUCAGGAAGUUGACCGGGUCAUCACGGAUCGCAAGUACGGCAGUAAGCCUCGACAGUACAAAGUUACAUUCAAAGCAUGCGAUCCCGACGACACUCGGUGGUUUUCAGGAACAAAUUUGAAAGCAUCCGCACCGCUGAUCUACGCUCACUACGAGCGACAAAGGUUAGCUCAAGGAACUGCACGACCUGCCCCUCCCACCUGGACUGUGGUCCCUCCCUUAGACAGACAGCUUCGCCCUCGCAGGUGGAAGAUGACACUUGAUGACUCGACUGAGCAGUCGACGAGCGAGAAAGGGGAUGCUGGGGGAGGAUGGGGGAAGGGUGGGAAUAUUAGGUCCAACCGGAAAGUGCGUAGGUGCGAUAAGGCCGGGCACGCGGAGGGCAAUGGAAGGGAGAAUCGGGAGGGCCAGGAACGAAUUGGUGUGGAGAUGGGUGGGCAGAGUGAUCGGGGGCCGAUGAGAAGCGGAGUCGGAUUCGGCUCAAUCUGGAUUGGGAAAGGGGCGAAUGAGUUGGAAAAAAGUGAUCGGGAUCGGGUGGGGUGGGCUGGGGUGGAUCGGGGUGGGCCGGGAUAUGGAUACGAGUGGGCCGGAAUAAAGGAAUUGGGUAGGGUGUGCGGGUUGAGGCUGGGGACGGGGUCGGAAUGGGAUUUUGGAGUAUUCUCUGGUCUUGUUGGAGUUGAAAAACCAGAUCACCGGAUCUAUGAGAUGGCGAUGCAGGCUGCAGGCUCCGUGCUACCGAGCCAAGUGCUGCACAUCGGUGACAGUUAUCAGAAGGACUAUCUACCUGCUCGGCAACUUGGGAUGCAUGCACUGCUUGUGGACAGGUUCAGCUCGAAGGAAGCAGAUGAAUGGCGGCGUCAGAAUCUGCCUGUUGUGAAGGAUUUAGAGGAAGCCAAAGCUUGGAUCCGUGAACAGCAAUCCCUGCUGUGAUAUAACUGAGGCCCACUGAGGGCAGCCUGGUCCCUCAGUGGGACCUUCAGUUUCCCACUGUGAAGCCCACUGUGCAGACUGGCACUCUCUGGCAGAAAGAAAGGAGAAUCCGGUCCCUCAGAGGGACUUUCUGUUUCCGACCAGGACUGCUGUGCGCACUGGCCCUCUCUGAGGCAAACUUGCCGGACUGCUGUGAUGUGUUUUACCUAUUGGGCCUGUCUGUGUGAACCUGAGGACAAUCCCUUCCGCAGCUAUCUGUUGAUUGUUGCUGACUGGUUGCUCUGCCCGCUGCUAGAGGACGCUGACUGUGUCUGCAGGCUAGACUGGACUGAGAUGGACGAGCAGAACAGACUUGUACCGAAGUGCCAGAGCUGGAACAAGGGCUUGGGGGUGGAAUGUGGCUGUUUUGUCUGUCGCAAGCGGAGUAGC